GACACUGAUGAUCCAAAAGUAGCAUUGGAGCUUGGAGCCAUUGGUGCUGGUGGGACUGAUUUAUUUUCUCGAAUUGAGCACGGAACGUUUCACUGGGAGGAAUACGACAUAGUGGUCGCUCAUACUGAUUGGGCCAGUACGGUCAGUAAACUCCGUCACGUGCUCAAGGACCGUUUACCAACCCCGAAAAACGGUCGGAUUGGUGAAGAUAUCAGUGCUUUGGUUUCAAUGUAUGUGAAUGGAGUGGGUCUGGAAUCGACCCGGAUAGAGGGUGUACCGGAAAUAAACAAUUUAGAUGUGAUUGUCGGUCAAUGUUCGAACGCUUUUCGUCCUCUGAUAUGCUUUGCUCUCAAGUGGCUUGGUUCUCAACCGUAUGUGAUCACUGAACAGUUAGCCACCGCGAACAUUCUGGUCUAG